UACCACUGGGCAGAAUAACAUUGUAGGCAGGACUGGAAGAUCGGAUUAACGGGCUGAAUUCUGCGAUUGUGAACAACAUAUAGAUACACAUUUGUCGGAGUCUAUUCGCUGAUGCUACAGGGGGUAUUAUGAAGGAGAUGACAUGAAUUUCGGUGGGAACCUUGCAGUGCAGAUUCAUGAUGGGAAGCCGGCCAUCUUCCCGGUCAGAGGCCAACCCCAGCCGAAAAAGAAAAAGAAGGACAUCUACCUGUCAAAGCAGAACAAACAUCCCCUGAGAAGACCUGCUCAGGAGGAACCAGCCAAUGAGAACAGGGAUGAAGGACCAACAUCCAAUCAGAGCCAAGCAAAGAAAGUCAAACCAGCCAAUAGAAAGCCUCCCCUCAAUCAAAGGACGAAGAGGGGAAAGGAUGAUGGGAAAGGAACAAAGAAUGAUGGGAAGGCUGGAGAAGGAACUGUAACUUUGACACAAGAGCAGCUGAAUGCCAUAUUGGCUUCUAUAGGCAAAGCAUCAGACCCUAGCAGUGCUGUUAAUGUUCAAAUUGAAAACAAUCAAGUAAAAGUUGUUCCUGCUGAAACUGAACAACAAGCGACUCAAGAGACGUCACAGUCAGGAAAUGGAUCCGGGGACGCCAGCCAGCCGGUCAGUGGUCAGUCUGAACCGCCUGCUGAGGUGACUCAGGACCAGCCAGCUGAGACUGAGAAAACUGCCCCAGGAGAGGGGACAGUACAGGCUCAGGCUGCACCACCCAAUGAACCACCUUCACAUCAACAGCCAGACAACAACGUUCACAGCACUAAGCAUCAGCCCAGCUAUGGAGGACUGUUAUCCACCAUUGGUAAGGAGGAGGAGGACAAGAGAACAGCAGCUGAGGCCAGGAAGGCUCAGCUCAGGAGAGAGUUAGAGGAACAGAUCGCAGACAAGAAGCGUAGGGAACAGCAGGCGCGUGACCGGUCGGCAGUCGAGCGAGCCCGGCCAGCGGAGGACUAUGUGCCGUGGGGACGUCCCGGGGCAGGCGCGCCGCUAAGGUCACAGUCUGGGAAGGUCAUGGCUGAGUACGGCGAUACCAGAAGGUCACAGCAGAAAGCAUCUCCCAGAGGAGCCAUUGACACAGCUGUGAACCAGACAGCACCCAGACAGCAGACACAGCCCAACCAGACCCAGUCCCCAGGACAGGCUGAACCAGCUGCCACCAGUCAGCACCAGCGGGCAGUCUCCACAGUACCUCCUCCACAUGCCAUGAGGAGCUCGUUUGCUAUAGGGGGAGCAGCCCCUGGUGAUGACCAGUAUGCCACAACAGAUCAAGAUGAGAAGAAGAAAUGGCUACAGGAACUGGAAAAACAGCGUGAGGAGGCCAGACUGAGGAAACAAAGGGAAAAGCAGAGGGAUAAAGAGGGCGGAGGCAUGGAUGCUUGGACACGUCAUUUUGACACCUACCAUCCCACUACACGAGAGCAGCCCACAGCCAGGGGAGCUGAUGCCCCACCCCCUGUCCCAGAGCCCCACCCCCAGAAGACUCAGUCCCCCACCCCUGUGGUACAAGACACCGUAGCACAAGAGGCAGACCACAGUGGUACCCUGCGUUCAUCCCUGGAGAGGAGAGCUGAACCCACACACCCUGAUGAUGACUCUGUAAACUUUUUACGGACUGGCGCAGCGCUGAAGGACCCUGCCCAGCUGGAGGAACUGGAAAGAAGACGUCUGAAGGACCUGGAACAUAAGAGAGCGAUCCAGGAGCAGGUUGAGGAGCGCCAGCGGGUGAAGCGGGAGGAGCGGGAGCGGCGAGCGCGGGAGGAGGCGGAGGAGGAGCAGCGGUUAGCCAGGGAGAGGCAGACCUUACAGGACCAGUUCGACAGGGAACUGCACGAGCAGAGGAGGAAGGAGGAGCUUCUGAACCAGAAGACAAAGAUGCUAUUUGAGUCCAUGCAGCAGGCUGAGCAACAGGCACUGCAGGAGAAGAGACAGCAGCGGAUGAGACACCUGGAGAGACACGGCCAUGAUGUCACCAACCUCAGACACACCUUCGAGUCCACGGAGCCCCAGCUGUCCUACAGGUCCGCCCACCCAGGGGAGGUCCCCCCACUCCAGGGACUCUCCCCUCGGGAGCAGUUUGGUGUCGUCCACUCCCGCAGAGACCCUCCCCAUCACCCAGGGGCUUCCUACCACUCCCCCAGGGAAGCAGACCCACCCCCCGUGGGAUACGUCUCGCCUAGAAGGGAAACAGCUGUGCAGACAGACCCUUUCCGUCUGCCUGAACAAGCCCCUGUCACUCUGCCUGAGGAGGGAGACAGCAGCAGUGUGGAGAUAGAGUACAGGGAGAGGAGGGAACAGUCGAGGAGCAGACAGAACAGGGAUGCCCCCAAACGUGGUAAGAAGGAGCCCAGCAACAGGAUAGCUGCUGCCACGGACAGCGAGAAGGAGAACAGCAGAACAAAGAGGAAAACCGAGAAACCUGCAGAGAAGCCCAAGUGGGGAGCGAGCAGCUCAAAGGUGCAAGGGAAGAAAUUUGUGAAAGCAUCCGAAAGAUAUCCUAACAAACUGAAGAAAAAGAGGGAAGAAAAUCUUGUGAAGAGGGAGAGAGAGUUAAAGAGGCAGAUGGAGGCAAACUCAAAGGAGAGACUCCGACAGAGGCUCGUAGAACAUAGGUCAUCACCAGAAGUGACUGGUCGUAAGUCACCUCCUGUGCCAACUCUGGCAGGAAAGAAAAGACAAGAUGAUGAUGAUGUGUAUGCGCCUUAUGAAAGGACUAGUCGGAAACCAAAACGACAGGACACAGUGAGAACGGUGCAGGACUUUAGGACAGAUUCCCCUCCCGUUCCUGCACUUAGGAAGAAAGUAGAGGAGGACAAGAAGGAACGGUCCCUGUCUCCCCCACAGCGGGGUGAGGGGGACCGUCCCAAUGCCAGAGGACAAAGGGCAUGGGAUGGAGCUGCAGAACCUGUACAGUAUGACUACGACUCCGCACCCAGGGCAAACUCACCUCCUAUUCCAGCUCUGAGGAGCAAAACCAAGCAGUCAGGUCCUGAGAGGGAAAGAAACCCCCAUCAGAGCCCAGACAGGAGCAGAAACCCCCGUCGCAGCCCAAGCAAAAGCCCUGACAGGAAGCCAAAAGUGAGACAGAAGUCUCCUGAGAGAUAUGGAACAGUAAAUGACCAUCCCCACUCCCCGCUGCGUGACGGAGACUUCAUCCCGUUUCGGAGGACAGACGACGGGGUGCUGGACCCGCAGGAGCCCAUGUCCCUACCGGAGACCCGGGAGACCCCCCGGCUGCGCAGGCGCGCCAGCACGGACCACAGUCCUCACAGGGGAGGGCAGGAACAGGUGCCGGACAGCAUGAGGUCUGCAAGUGCUGGACAGGCUAAGGACCCCCUGCUGAACCCAAGUGUGGUGAAAAAUCCCCAGAGACAAGGAGAGAUCCUCAAGCAGCUGAAGAGUCUCAGGGAGGGUCUACUGAUGAGGCAGCGUGAGAUCGAGUCCUGCAUGUCUCCCCCUAUAACAGCCUUCCAGUCUGACUUACAGAACUCACAUCAUGGACCACAAUAGUAGAUAACAGUGCACAUGACCUAAACAAGGCCACUACUAUGGAGUAGGCUAUAGUAAGACUACCACAAUUCUAGCACAUGCCUGAAUUUUAACUGGAUUGAUGUAUGGAACAGACUACAGUAGAACAACUUUGGCAUAGGACAUGAUGAUAUUCUGAUUACAUCCUUGUUGACUAUGACCUCAGAUUGUUGGACAUGACAUGUACAGUUUUUAGAUAUUUUUGACAUAUGAAUGUGUGUAUCUACAGAGUUUUUAUCGAAAUUGUCAUAUAUGAGUUAUAAGGGCUUGCAAUUUCAAUUUCAAGAGCAAGAAUCUUACAA